AACACCAGGCCAUUAGUGAAACUUUUGACGUUGGGAGGAAUACUACCAAAGGAGGCACAUUGCUGUAGACGUUAUUUUUGAGGUGACCUGCUGAGUGGAGCUGCCAAGUGACCAAAUACAUUCUUAUCUGGAUUGGACCCAGUUAAGGAGACACUGGAGCUUGUGAGUUUGCCUUUUUGAACGAAUUGUUAGGACCUGAAGACUGCUGCAGAGGAGGAGCAAUGCUGUUAGCAUAGUACUGGUAAGUUUGGAGUUGCAACUAACCUGAUACCUAUUUAUGGAAUAAUACACAACUGAUUAGUUAGAUUAAGAAGAUUGCACAGGAUUCUUGUCUGACGGGGAGAACAGAAUAAAAGCAACUCUGUAGGACCUUGUUUCCAAUAUAAGCCUUAAGAUAAAAUCUGCAUUCACCGCUCCGUAGAAAAUGUCUUAUGGUUCCAUUGAUGGGAGCGGAUUUGGAAGCCGGAACCCCUUUGGAGGCCCAUCAAGACAAGGAUAUCAGCCCCUAGCCACCCAGAUCGAUCCCAACGAACUCCAGGAAUUGUUUCAGGAAACUUCAGCCAACAUCUUCCGAAUUAACUCCAAUGUGACUUCCUUGGAAAGAACCCUUCGAUCCCUUGGGACAUCGAAUGAUACGCAAGAGCUGCGAGAUGGACUGCAUGCAACCCAGCAAGAGACCAAUAAAACCAUUACUACCAGCACAAAAGCUAUCAAGCAGCUGUCUGAGAUUGUCAGAGGUUCAUCUAGGCAAGAGCGACUUCAGCUGGACAGGUUGAAUAACCAGCUGUCUGAUGCCAUCCAGCGAUAUGGAGCUGUGCAAAAGAAAAUAGCAGAGAAGUCCAAAGCUUUGCUUCCUUCCGGGCAGAGAAGCAGCAAACAGCAGAGCCCCAAGACCCCCUUCUCUGACUUGGCUGAUGAUGAGAAGAUUUUUAAUGGAGGAGAUGGCAUGUGGCAGAACCAGAGUCAGGAUCAAGCCCUGCUCUCGGAAAUCACAGAAGAGGACCUGGAGGCCAUCCGUCUGCGGGAAGAAGCCAUUCAGCAGAUUGAGAGUGACAUGUUGGAUGUAAACCAGAUCGUUAAAGACCUGGCCUCCAUGGUUUAUGAACAAGGCGACACAAUAGAUAGUAUUGAAGCCAACAUUGAGACUGCAUCUUCUAAUGUAGAAUCAGCCAAUGAGCAGUUGGCUAAAGCCAGUCAGCACCAAAGGAGCAGAUUUAAAAUGGCUGCUGGCCCCCGGAAGAGGAAGGAAAAGUUUUCUCCUGUAGAACUUGAGAUUUUGGUGGCGGAGGUGACCAAAAAUCAUGCUAGACUCUAUGGGAGUGAGAGAGUCAACCUGAGCCAGCCAGAGAGGGAGAAGAUAUGGUGCAGCAUUGCCAGGAAGAUCAAUGUUGUUGCCAGGUCCCCCAGGACCACCCGGGACCUCCGGAGGAGAUGGGAUGAUAUGAAGAGGCGCACCAAGGAGAAGCUGGUGGAGAUGAGUUGCUCAACAGGGGAGCCCAGACCUGAUACUGUGCUGGUGCGGAUUUUGGAAAGUCCUUUGCUUGGGCAGAAGGCGGCUAUUAAACAGGCUGAGGCCAGAGUGGUGGCAGAGGAGGAGGAUGGUGGUGGUGGUGAUGAUGUUAUGCACACUGAUGGCCCUCAUAUUCCUCUGGAGCUUCAGUCAGAUGAGGAGGAGGAAGUGCCUGGUUGCACAUGGGUGCCUUUGAGGACUAUUGAAAUGCCUAUGCCAGCUGAGACAGAUGCAUUAGAGCAGCGGGGGGCACUGCACACCUCAGUUUCCUCUCCAUCCCCAUCUUCCUCCCCACAGAUGCAACAGCGGGCUGCCUAUGGGAGGCGGUCGUCCCAGACUGCCCGGCAUCCUAAGCGGAAGUACAACGUCUCAGAGUUUGAGAAGCAGCUGAUGGAUGCCCAUCUCCAGCAAAGCACCCUCUUGUCCUCCUGGUACCAGCAGCAGAGCUCCCUCAUGAUCCAGCAGAAUCUCAUCUUGGAGAAUUUAGUGGAACAGAACAAGAGGCUGGCAGACAAUGUCGAGUUACUCAACCGGACACUAGAGAAGCUGGUUGACUACCAGCAUCCGCGCAGGGAGACAGUACAUUUUGUGCAAGACUGCACCUCUGGGACUUCUGCCCGUCUGCCCUCCCAGAUAGCCAGUGGCGAGUCUGUGGGGCAGUCAGGGAUCGAAGUGUUCUCGGGAAUGAUCUUGAAAGUUGAAGAGGAGAUCUAAACAGAAACACAGACUCUUCUCAAACACUAUUUUUAGAGUUUUAAAAGACAAUUCUCUAAAGCAAACACUUUUUAUGAUGGGUAAAAAAUUCCUCAUGUUUUGUAGGUCACGGUAAAUGCUACAGUAGCUCUUUUUUUAGUGGGUCAAGAUUCUUCCAUAUAUUCUACACGUAGCCUUUUUUGGUUGCCCAAUAUGGGACAGGAUAUCAUUCUUUUUUAUAACCAGCAGCGCUGUCCAUUUAUGAGAAACAAUUUUGUAUCAGUUCUUUUUAUUGUGAAAGAUAUUUUUCUUACAUAAAUC